AGAUGUCGGAUUUAUUGUAUUGUAAGUGGUUGUAUUUACUGGUAUUGUUUCUUCUUCUACCAGAAGUGGCUUCUGCCAAGCACUGACUCGGUGCUCGUGCUUUGUGUUCCACCGGCGAUGGAAGAAAUCUACGGAGUGCCUUUGUCGGCGGACUACUCUGAUAAGGCCCUGAUGACGCCGGAGAAUCUCAUAUUCGCCGCUGAUUAUCAUAGUUUUCUCCCGUCCUCCUCCGGCGGCUUCCGUGAUCGGGACCCGAUGUUCGGAUCCGACGACUUGCUUUCUGCCAUUACCGAAGCUGAGCCGCCGUCUUUUGGCCCUGAAGUUCAACCUGAAGACGAUUCCUCCUCUCUCAUCAAAGCUAAAAUCGCUUCUCAUCCCCGCUACCCUCGUCUGCUCCAAGCUUUCCUCGAUUGUCAGAAGGUAGGAGCGCCUCCAGAAAUAGCGUGUCUGUUAGACGAAAUCCAGCGAGAAAACGAUGUUUGUGAGCGAGAAGUUGUUUCCACGUGCGUCGGUGACGAUCCCGAGCUCGACGAGUUCAUGGAAACCUAUUGCGAUCUCCUGAUAAAGUAUAAAUCUGACCUUUCCCGGCCUUUUGACGAAGCAACUACUUUCCUCAACGAGAUCGAAAUCCAGCUCAGUCAUCUGUGCUCUGGUGCCUCCGUUCCAACCCUUUCUGAUGAUGGGGGCAUCUCAGGAGAAGAAGAUAUAAGCGUGGGAGAUGGUGAAGCACAAGACGGAGGGUUGCGGGGGGAAGAUCGAGAGCUGAAGGAUAGGCUUUUAAGUAAGUUUGGGGGUCGGAUUAGGAGUUUGAAAUUGGAGUUCUCGAAGAAGAAGAAGAAGGGCAAGCUUCCCAAGGAAGCCAGGCAAACGCUUCUUGACUGGUGGAAUGUUCAUUACAAAUGGCCUUACCCUGCGGAAGCUGACAAGAUAGCACUGGCAAAGUCGACGGGACUUGAUCAGAAGCAAAUUAACAAUUGGUUUAUUAACCAAAGGAAACGUCACUGGAAACCGUCGGAGAAUCUGCAAUUCUCUGUUACGGAUACUCUAACUGGAGACUUCUACUCCGAUCAUCAUCAUCAUGUAUGAGCAAGAACUAAGUAACACCAAGCCAAGUCCUGGCCUCAUUCAUGUACAUUAACCUUUAAAUUGUAUAUCUUAUGCUAAUUGCUAAACUCUUGGCUUCCAUUUCCUCUUGUAAAUUCUAAAAAGUACAAGCCUUGCACAACUUAAAUUUCCCGUAAAGAUUGGGAAAUGCAUCAUUAUAACCUGCUUCCUCUGUAAUUUUUAUGAAUAACUUCGGAUCAGUCUGGGUCUGCCUUGCCCACUUUCUCCUGCAAUGGUGAUUGAUUAUGCAUUUUUU